GAGCUUCUUGAAGAAAAAGGUGGGAUAUAAAUGCAAUAAAUAAAGAAUAAACGCAGGACAAGGUUUCAAGAGAAUUGGCCAUGGAUCUUCAUCCAUCUGUUAUACUGGUUGAUUUGAGUACAGUAUCUUACUUUUCAAUUCACUGUGGGAGGAGGGACACCUCUUGUUCUCAAGCAGCACCACAACCCUCUAGUUCAGUCUUUUAAAACGCAGUGGCCUCCAAAUGUUUUGGACUACAACUCCCAUCAGCCCCAACCAGCAUAGUUAUCAUUGCCAUAUUUCAAAAAGUGAAUAUCCAGACAAAUAGGCACACAUGCACCUGCCGAGGUCUUUGUGGUUUCCACAGGAUCUCCUCCCUGUGCAGAAAUUAAUCUUGAAAGCAGCAUUCUGUUGUAGUCAAUAGAAUAAGUUUGCAAAUGGUCCAUGGGUCCCAAAAGGUUGGGGGUCCCCUGCUUUAAAGCAGGGGCUUUCCAAUUUCCUACUUCCAGGCAACCCUGCACCACAAUGAUGGGCCUUCCAAUAAAUCCCCACACUUCUGAUAUGGAAUUCCAGUGCCGUUUUGUGGAGAAUUCUGGAUCGCCCAGUUCAUUUUCAGCAGUAAAUAAAACUGUGGAAACACCAUUGUUGGCCCAUUUCUACUGUGUGACCAAGAACAUACCCAACCCUCUUGCAACUAUACAUUGCAAGGGAAGAGGGACAAGAAAAGCUGAAUCAGACCAAUGGCUUAUCUAGUCCAGCACCUUCUUCUCACAGUGGCCAACCAGAUGCCUGUGGGAAACUUUCAAGCAGCACAUGAGCAUAACACCACUCUACCCACCUGUGCUUCCCAGCAACUGGUAUGCGGACAUGAAGCCUCUGACAGUGGAGGUAGAACACAGCAAUUAUGGCUAGUAGCCGUUAAUUGGAGAAGCUUGCCUGCCAUUCCUGUGCCUUUCCUUGAGGAAUCCCUGAAAGGCCUUCUUGAAGACAUUUUGAAAAACCAUUGUACUAAAGAAGAUGACAAGUGGUGUCUGUAUGUGUUGCCUAAGAGAAAAGGUUUCAAGGUAAAACUGAUCACUGUAACACUAGCAGCACCUUGCUAGACAUGCUGCAUUUGCUUCUCCAGUGGCUAUGGGAUUGAUCUGGGCUUCGGAACAGAAAGACUGACUUCUGCUGAAGAUGAGAGACGAGGAAAGGUCCUGGAAAAUGCCUGUGCCGAGCUUACGGUCUGCUUUCUUUUUUUCUAACAGGGACAUUGCAUAGGAAGCCUGUUUUUGUGCUGCUGCAUCUUGCCCUCUUCAGCGGCUGGGCUGAUGAGACAUAACUGAGAAACAAACGUAUCACAGGGAAGGAUCGGAUUCCUGUGGCCUUCCAAAUGUUGGACUCUGGCUUCUACCAGCUCCAGCUAUAAUAGAGGGCCUGACUCUUGUUUGCCUGGAUGGAGGAUGGAGAGGUCAAAUGUACUUCCAUUUCUCUGCCCACCUUUCCCUCUGGCUUCACCCUCCGCUGGCAUAUGGCCUUUCCCCCCAGAAGGGAAUGCAGCCCUUGGGCUGGAAAAGGCUCCCCAUCCACUGGAGGACAUGUUCUGCUUCCUGCAGCACAAUGGGAUUGCGGCAUGCAGAUCAGCUUAGAUCCCAGAAGACCCAUGCAAGAGUUUGCAGCUGUAGAUGAACUCCCUUGGAUGGUAUCUUUGCAGGAUGUCUAUGGCAACCACUUGGCUUUGGGCUGCAUCCUGGAUAAACAUUGGAUAGUAAGUGCAGCCUCUACUUUCCUGAACAGGACCCAGGUGUUGGCCAUGGUUGGUAUCACAGGCCUGAAAGACAGAAGUUUCUUGAUCCCCAUCAGUGCCAUCAUCCCGCAUGAAGCCUUUGAUGAACUCACUCUUCACAAUGAUAUUGCCCUCCUGAAGAUAGGUGCCCGGCUCUAUUUCAGCAAGGCUUUGCAGCCCAUCUGCUUCCCACCUGAAAACUUCCCUGUGACAGCUCUAAGGAACUGCUUGGUUGUGGGCUGGCUGCAUCCUCACACAGUCCAGGCAGGGAGCGUCUCUCUACGGAAGCUCUCGGUGGUGGAUGUUGACCCCUGUCCCCUGCACAGAAUCAUGACCACAGAGUGCUGCAGCCACAGGAAAGCUGACAACAUGUCUGGAUGCCUGGGAUACCCAGGCAACCCGGUCAUGUGCCAGGCAGAUGGAACAAGGCAAUGGGUGCUGAAGGGGGUGAUGACCAAGGGCGGUAUGAGAUGCUAUGGGCCGUUUCUCUACACCAGAGUGUCUUCCUAUGGCGACUGGAUUGUGACCACCACAGCAAAGUGGGGAGCUCCAGCCUCUCCCAUCCCCGACUCAAGACACAGCCCCUUCAGACCUCCCAUGGAGGAGGGCGAAGGGAUAUUUGAACCCAUUGGGGAGGAGAGAGCCAUUGACUUCUCAGACCACACCAGCCUUAAUUAUACAGAGCACCUCACAGAAGACAGCUUGGAGCUCCCAGAAGGGCCAGCUGAGUCACGGGCCAAGCAGUCUGAUCCCAUCUAUUAUGACUACUACAGUGGGGAGCUUCUUCCUGUUUCUACAGCCAAGUUAGGCCAGCCUAAAGGCCUCCUCUCUAAAAGCCUCAUGCCCUGUCUUCUGACAUGCUGGAUGGUGGCAGGUUAAGCAGCAGACAUUUCUGAGAAAUGCACAGCUGAGAUAUGGUGAGUGCUGUUAUGCUCAUCUGUCAUUUCCCCAGAAAUCCCAUUUGGACAAUUAAACUUCAAACCCUCCUUA